AAUGGCCACCAAAUUAAUACGUCUCAUUAAUGACAAGAAGAAAGCAGCAGAGCAGAUCGGGGGCGUCCCCAGGCGGCUGGGUCAGGACGUGGAGAUGGAGGAAGUGAUCGAACAACUUCAGGAGAAAGUCCGGGACUUAGAAAAACAGAACGAAAUGAUACGCAACCGGCUGAUUUCGACCAAACAGCAACUUCAGCUUCGAGGCCAAAGACACACGCCCUACAAUUACGUCCAGGCACGGGUGAACACGGGACUCAAGAAGGCAGCGGAAGGUUUGAGAGCCCACGAGGCCACCAAGAAAGGUAUUGGAUUGAGCUUCACAGUGCUCUACAGUACUCCCUCUGCUAAGGGGCAAAAUCCAACAUUAGAAAUUGCGGCGAUGUUCAUGGAAGGAACCCAGGAGAACGAUGUCGAUGUGGCCGACCUCAGUGAGGCUCUCGCGCUCCUCAAGGAAUUAAGAAGCUGCAAAGAAAUUGUUUUCAAGGUUACAGAUUCCAAGAUCAAAUAUGCAUGCGUUGGUUGCUUUAGUUCCCCCCCCCCCCAAAAAAAAGGUCUAACUGUGAUUUUUCUCUUUUUGGGGGAAAAAAAAAUCAAAAUUGCUUUUUGGAGGCUCAGCAUUCGAGACAACGUAGAGAUGAUCAAGCUUCACAAGCAGCUGAUGGAGAAAACCAGCGAAUUUGCAAUGGUGGAAGAAAAAUUGCUUCAACUUCAGGAG